AUGCCUACUACCUUUUUAUGUUGUCUUCUUCAGAACCAGCUGGGCAGCACUGCUGACGUUUUCGUAUGGCUUCUUGAAGCACGGAGGAACCACACUGUUGAUAGGAAAUCGGCAAGGCGGAAGGCGUCAAGAAAGGACAAGAAGAUGAUGCGAAAGUUGACGAGAGGAACCUCAGGACGUAGUUUCGCAGACUGGCAAUGCGCAAGCAGUAGCCGCACAGCAGAAAGUCUGAAUAGGUCUUUCGCUUUGGGGAAGAUGAAGAGGGCGGGCGGAGGGUGGAUUAAAGAAGAGCAGCACUUGAGACGGCGCGGCCGUGCGAUGCUAAUAAGGAAGGAACGGCCAAGUAGCACGAAGAGGUGGCUGCCCGUUGCAGAGAGCCAAGUAGGAGCCAAUUUGGCCAAGCGCAAGCGACCAGUAGGAACCAGCCAGGAUCGAAUUGUCGACAUAUGGAAGUGGAAGCAAGCAGAGCAAACAUUGAAGCGCGGCGCCAGCAGUCUCCACACUCAGCAAGGACUACGAACACAGAGUCGACUCACAUCGGACAGACAAGCAAGUUCGGGUUCAACCAGUGAUCAAAGAGCCUGGGGCAUGGAGCCUGGUACCUGGCACUGGGCAAACGAACACGCGAAACGAACACGUCCGAAGAGGAGUGAACCCGGCGACCCUUGUCCCCUGCCCAGACGAAGCGACUCCAACCGUUGA